AUGGUUCUCUUGACCGAUAUAGUAAAAACAUUUGCCACAAGUUUUCAAGAUAAUACAACAUCAUCUGGCGAUUUUGAAUUAUCAAAAAUUACUCCUGGUAAAGCAGCAAAUAAUCAUUUAGAAUUACCUAAAUUUGGACCAAUACACCAACCCGAAACGAACGUUUCUGAGAUUUCCGAAACAUUAGACUUUCUCUCUACAGCCGCGCAAUAUUUUUCCCAAUCCGCCAUCUUUGAAGUUAAUAAUCAUCCUAAUAGCAACCAUAAAAAUAGAAAAAAUCGAAGAAGUUUCUUUACUCAAGUAAAUGAAUGUGAUGAUAUGUUUCUCCUAAAUGAAAUAAUGCCAUCACGAUCACAUUCACGUGCUUCUUCGAAUGUGAGGGUAUUGGGGGGAGGUCAGUUAGGUCGAAUGCUUGUUGAGGCUGCUUCCCGCUUAAACAUCGGGGUUGUUAUUCUUGAUAUCCCGGAAGACGCGCCUGCAAAACAAAUACAGGCUAAUUAUCCUCACAUUUCGGGUGACUUUAAAGAUCCCGAAAAAAUAAAGGAACUUGCCAAAUCCGUUGAUAUAUUAACCAUAGAGAUUGAACAUGUCAAUGCAAAUGCCUUAGAAGAAAUAAAAAAGGAAACGAACAUUGCCAUUCAUCCCUCACCUACAUCCAUUAGUCUAAUUCAAGACAAAUACGCACAAAAAAUACACUUAUCAAAACAUAAUGUUCCUGUCGUUGAUUUUAUUGAGGUACCAACACAGAAUCAUAUUUACCCUGCGGCGCAAAAAUUUGGUUAUCCAUUGAUGUUGAAAUCAAAAACAAUGGCUUAUGAUGGUCGCGGGAAUUAUGUUGUUAAAUCCGAGAAUGAUAUUGAUCAAGCGAUAAGCUUCCUCGGAAACUUCAAGACACCAUUGUAUGCGGAAAGAUGGGCUCCAUUCAAGAAAGAAUUAGCCGUGAUCGUGGUUAAAAGUAUAAAUGAACAACUGGAAAGUUACCCAAUUGUUGAGACAGUUCAUAAAAAUAAUAUUUGUCAUCUGGUGAUUGCACCUGCUCAAGUUAAUGGUGCUGUAUUAGAUGAGGCAAAGAAAGUGGCGGAGAGUGCAAUAAAAACUUUAUCAGGAGCCGGAGUUUAUUGCGUGGAAAUGUUUUUGAUGGAUGAAGGGAAAAUAUUUGUAAAUGAAAUUGCGCCUAGACCUCACAAUUCAGGACAUUAUACAAUAGAGGCAUGUGAAACCUCACAAUAUGAAAAUCAUCUUCGUGCGAUUCUGAACUUACCUUUGGGAAGUACAGCUCUCAAAGUACCUGUAUCAGCGAUGGUCAAUAUUCUUGGUCUCUCGUCCAAUCUAGAGGAAACUUUACGACCAGCUGCACUCGCUCUCACAAUCCCAGGGGCAACUGUUCAUCUUUACGGGAAAAAAGAAUGUAGAAAAGGUAGAAAGAUGGGACAUAUUACUAUAGUGGCAAAUUGCAUUCCUGAACUUUAUAAACGUUUAACACCAAUAAUACGAGCUAUUGAUGAAAAUGACGCACCACCUUCUAGCAUACAGCCUCUUGUCGGGAUAAUAAUGGGCUCUGACUCUGAUUUACCGGUUAUGAAGGACUGUGCCGUAAUUUUGAAACUAUUUCAAGUACCUUUCGAAAUUUCAAUUGUAUCAGCUCAUCGAACGCCUGAUCGUAUGAAAGAAUACGCAGAAAACGCACAUAAAAAAGGAAUAAAAGUAAUUGUAGCUGGUGCUGGUGGUGCAGCUCAUUUACCAGGCAUGGUUGCCGCUUAUACGCCAUUACCCGUAAUCGGGGUCCCCGUAAAAGGAAAAGUUUUGGAUGGUAUCGAUUCAGUACACAGUAUUCUUCAAAUGCCAGGUGGUAUACCUGUUGCAACUGUUGCGAUCAAUAACUCGAAAAAUGCUGGAUUGCUGGCGGUUCGGCAACUUGGUGCUUUCAUUCCUGAAUUUGCUGAAAAAAUGACGGUAUUUUUAAAAAAUCAGGGCGAUGAAGUGAAAGCCAAGGAUAAGCGAUUACAGGAAGGAUCUCAUCGUCUAUAUCUAACUGAAUUGGGAUAA